CCUUGCUUUGCAUCCUGAACGUGUGUUGGUGGCGACAGGUCAAGUUGGAAAAGAACCGUAUAUCUGCGUGUGGGACUCGUACACUGUGCAAACUGUGUCUGUUCUGAAAGAUGUUCACACACAUGGUAUAGCUUGUUUGGCUUUUGAUUUAGACGGUCAGCGUUUGGUCUCGGUUGGUUUGGAUUCGAAAAACACAGUGUGUGUAUGGGACUGGAGGAGAGGAAAGUUACUAUCGAUGGCUCCUGGUCAUACAGACAGAAUAUUUGAUAUUUCUUGGGAUUUGUACCAGCCAAACAAGCUCGUCAGCUGUGGUGUAAAACACAUCAAGUUCUGGAGCUUGUGUGGCAAUUCGUUGACACCAAAACGUGGUGUUUUUGGCAAAACUGGUGAUCUGCAAACUAUACUGUGCCUAGCCUGUGCAAGGGAUGAAGUGACAUAUUCUGGUGCACUGAAUGGAGAUAUAUAUGUAUGGAAAGGAAUCAACCUUGUACGAACAAUACAGGGAGCACAUGCUGCAGGAAUCUUCAGCAUGAAUGCGUGCGAAGAGGGAUUUGCCACUGGUGGCAGGGAUGGCUGUGUGCGCUUGUGGGACUUAAAUUUUAAACCAAUUACUGUGAUUGAUCUCAGGGAAACAGACCAGGGAUAUAAAGGUCUGUCUGUAAGAAGUGUUUGCUGGAGAGGAGACCAUAUACUCGUCGGGACACAAGAUAGCGAAAUUUUUGAAAUUGUGGUGCAUGAGCGUAAUAAGCCUUUCCUGAUAAUGCAGGGGCACUGUGAAGGGGAGCUGUGGGCUUUGGCCGUCCAUCCUACAAAACCGCUAGCAAUGACCGGAAGUGAUGAUCGAUCAGUCAGAAUUUGGAGUUUAAUAGACCAUGCCCUGAUUGCCCGGUGCAAUAUGGAGGAGCCCAUUCGCUGUGCCGCAGUUAGUACUGAUGGAAUCCAUCUCGCUCUUGGAAUGAAGGAUGGCUCUUUCACUGUGCUUCGAGUCAGAGAUAUGACUGAGGUUGUUCAUAUCAAAGACAGGAAAGAAGCUAUUCAUGAACUGAAAUAUUCACCAGAUGGCAAUUUCCUUGCUGUUGGUUCCAAUGACAGCUCUGUGGAUAUAUAUGGUGUUGUUCAGCGAUACAAAAAAGUUGGGGAAUGUGUUGGAUCUUUAAGUUUCAUCACCCAUAUGGAUUGGUCUUCGGACAGUAAAUACUUACAGACCAAUGAUGGCAAUGGGAAGAGGCUGUUUUACAGGAUGCCAAGUGGAAAAGAAGUAACAAACAAGGAGGAAUUGAAAGGCGUUCAGUGGGCGUCAUGGACCUGUGUUUCUGGCCUUGAAGUUAAUGGAAUCUGGCCCAAAUAUUCAGAAAUAAAUGAUAUAAAUUCUGUGGAUGCAAAUUUUAUUGGGCAAGUUAUGGUUACAGCUGAUGAUUAUGGAAUAGUAAAGCUCUUUCGAUACCCGUGUCUGAGAAAAGGUAGUAUCUUUAAGUUCAGUUAG